AAAGAAAAACAGUGCGUCAACGAGUACUUCCGGUGUCGUGACCUCUCCUCUCACGUGUGCACGGAGGAAAAGUAUAGAAGAAGCUGCUUUUACAGAGCUCAAAUAAACUCGCUCGUUGUUUCCUGCUCAGAACUAAAGAAAGAAAAGGAGUGUUUGAGCGCAGUAGGGAAAAAACCCCUCUUUCGCCAUGGCUCUGUACCUGAAAGCAGCAGAGAUCAUGGAGAAGGUCGAGGGUAAACAGGGGGCUUUGAAAACUCUGGUUUACGACAGUCAAUUCAAGAACAUCAAACAGCUGUUCGCUCUGGUUUGUGAGACCCAGAAGUUUUCCUCCGUCCUGCAGGAGAUCAUCGAGUCCACCAAGCUACUCAGGCAUACCAAGCUAAAGAUGCCCCUGGCUAAGGUGCUCGUGUACGACCUGUUGAUAGGCCAGGGGCUGAAGUGUGGCGGAUCCUGGAAGGCCAUGAUGAUGAAGCAUCGCUCCAGACUGCAGGCGGAGUUGGCUCGCAUGAAGGUGAAGCAGAAGGUAAGCAGGAAUGAAGACCUGCUUCCUUGCAGUGUCAAGCACCCCGCUGGAGACCAGUUGCCCAGAUAUGUACGUGUGAACACUCUGAAGACCACUGUGGAGGAUGUUGUGGACUACCUGAAGAGGGAUGGCUUCUCCUACCUGGGGAAGGCUUCCAGGCUGGAAGACUUAUCCCUGAAAGACAGAUACUUUUUGAGUGACCUGCACCUGCCAGAGCUGCUGGUCUUCUCUCCUAAAACUGACUUCCAUGACCACUUCCUGUACAAAGCAGGCCACAUAGUUCUGCAGGACAAAGCCAGCUGCCUCCCCGCUCAUCUCCUUAGUCCUCCACCUGGUAGCCACAUCAUUGAUGCCUGUGCCGCACCCGGCAACAAAACCAGCCAGCUGGCAGCCAUCAUGAAGAACAAGGGUAGGCUGUUUGCUUUUGAUUUGGAUGGAAAGCGCUUGGCCACCAUGUCAACGCUCCUGCUCCGUGCAGGGGUCACCUGUCAGCAGCUGGCCAACCAGGACUUCCUGAAGGUGGACCCCGAUAACCCGCAGUAUAAGGAUGUUGAGUACAUCCUGCUCGAUCCCUCCUGCAGUGGUUCAGGUAUGGUGUGCCUCCAGGACAACACCUCUGCUGACCAGGAGAAGGAGCAGGCUCGUCUGGCCUCUUUGGCCUCCUUCCAGCUGCGCUGCCUUAACCACGCUCUCAGGUUUCCCAGCCUGAAGCGCCUGGUCUACUCCACCUGCUCCAUCCACAAACAGGAGAAUGAGGAAGUGGUAGCUGCCUGUCUGCAGCAGAACCCUGGCUUCAGACUGGUUCCUCUGUUGGCUGAGUGGCCUGAGCGAGGCCUGGAGCCCCUCCCACAGUGUCUGCGUGCCAGCACUGCCAAGACCCUCACGCACGGUUUCUUCGUGGCCCUGCUGGAGAAACACAGCGAGCCUGGAAAUACAAACCAGGAACUGGCUGUUCAGAUAAGCGGCCCAGAGGUGAAGCCACGCAAUCUGCCUUCCUCUGAGAAGAGACCUGCAGCUUCAGAAGAAGACUGUGAAGCUUCAGAGACAGAGGACAGACCAACACCUGUAGGAGGACAGACUGGCAGCAAACCCAACAAUAAGAAGAGGAGGAAGAGGAAGAAAAAAAAGAAGGGGGCAGAAACUGCAGAGUGAAAUUUAAAAUUGGACUGCUGCACAGUUCGUCUGGAUGAACAGUGCUGUUGAUUUCUAACUGAGAUGUAACUGAAAAGUAAAGAUACUUUUUAUU